CAAACCCUCUUUAUCAUUUUGACAUUCCUCAUUUCCCUCAUCAGAAUAAAAAUGGCCAAACUUUGCCUUUCUUUGCUGCUAAUCCUCCUUUCCAUCUUCUCCCUUUCGAGCACGGUGGAGCCAGCCUUUUCCGGACAUACUGCUCGACGUUCCAGGGCUCGAGCCAACAUCGAAGCCGCAUGCCGGACCACCCGCUACCCGGACCUAUGCGUCCACUGCCUCACCACCUACGUCAAACCCAACAUGACCAUCCAAAACCCCCAGCAACUUGCCCAAGUCGCCUUGACUGCAAGCCUCUACCGUGCCCUAUAUGCUAGGGCGUUCGUGCUCAAGGUAGCAAAAGAGCUUAACACACUGAAGAGGGAAAACCAAGUUGUCCGAGAUUGCUUGCAGCAGAUAAACGAUAGCGUGGACCAACUCAGUGGAUCGAUCAAGGAACUACGUCGUUUGGGGCAAGAAUCUGUGGGUGAUGACCUGUUUUGGCACAUAAGCAACGUUGAGACAUGGGUUGGCACUGCUCUAACUGAUGCAAACGAUUGUGUAAAUGCCCUUCCGGGACCAAACAUGAGCAAACUGAAGGCGACUAUUAAAGGAAAGAUGCUCAAUGUGGCUCAGACGGCUAGUAAUGCACUGGCUUUGUUUCAUAGUUUUGCUGCAAGGUAUAAAGCUGCCAGUGCCACCAAGAAGCCCUAGGAGCCUAAGCUAGCUAUAAUAGCUAAAUAGCUAGCCUUUUCAUCAGGAUGGAUGCGUUUUGUUUUUGUGUCGUGGGUUUAAUCUUGUUCAUUAUUUGUGUGUUAAAUACUUGUUGAUGUUAAUAUAUGUUUGUAUGAACGUACUCACACAGUGAAGGGAUCGAUGUUAAUACUUAAUACCAAGUUUUUCUACGUCUUGGAAAGUUGUCUGUAAUAUCUUUCUAGUAUAUAUGUUAACCAUGUUUGUAUCCGAGGGUGUUUUUCCGAGAAAAUAAUAAUAACAUCAAUAUUAAUAAGAG